AAUAUUUUUCACGAUGUUGUCUUGUUCUGGCUUCAAAUAAACUUCCAAUGGUCUUUUUGCUGUCCACACCAGACGAUAGUUGACAGUUGACUUUCUUAAUAGAAAUAUUGCAUCAGGUAUACAACAUACGUUCAUGGAAGUACUGUAAUUCCUGAUGUAUAAGCCGCUACUUUUUCCAUAAACGCAGAACCCUGCGGCUUAUACAGCGCUACAGCUAAUUUACUUCAGAUCAACACAAGCCAGACACGUUACCUGGAACAAUCUGAGUGAAAACCUGCUUUUGCAUUUGCUAUAAAACAAAAAAAACUCAGUUUAGGAAGUACAGUAAACACUUGGAAAGCUAUGUUAUUGUCUUGGAUUUCAAUGGCAUCAUUUUGCCGUGGAGUGGAGAAGCAUGAUUCUUGGAAGUUUUUGUGUUUGUAGAAGAUGUAAAGGAGAAUGAUGAAUCAGAGGUUGACAUCAAUCAAAAGGCCCAACUAUGACGUCAUAACUCUUAACUGCUUUUUAAUACUUUCAAAUCCCGGGACAAAACAAGCAAGUUUUUUUUUCUACCCCUUCAGCGUCUGCGUGGUUCAGCCGAAGGUUUAACGCGGUAUGAAGGCGUGCAUCCUCAACAUACAAGCUCCUACAGGACUAAGGAAUGGUUGAGCCCAGCCCUCCAGCGCUGCGCCUCCGCUGCGGUGUGGAUGUCGGCAUGGCAUGUGUUGGUGUCAAAGUAGAGCAGGAGGAGAUCGCGAGAGGGACCGGACUCAUCGCCGAUGCCGCGUCCACUCUGAAGAUGUCUCCCACUCACGACUGGGCGGGGAAUCAACAACUUGUGGCUCGGCAGCUCACGCCACCGCUCUCCUGCUCGCCUUCGGAGAGUUCUCCGAGUAAGGAGUUACCACACGUACAAAGCCCAGGGAUGCUCAAGGACACCAAGAUCCACCAGGAUCCUUCAAAAGUACAAGCCAAUUUGAAGGAAGGAACCCCGGAGUCCGUAGCAGAGAAGGAGCUCCAGCUGUUAGUGAUGAUCAACCAGCUGAGCGGCCUGAGGGAGCAGCUGCUGGGUGCCCACUCCGAGCAGAGGAACAUGGCCGCCCUGCUGCUGGAGAAACAGCAGCAGCAGAUGGAGCUGGCCCGGCAGCAGCAAGAACAGAUCGCCAAACAGCAGCAGCAGCUGAUCCAGCAGCAGCACAAGAUCAACCUUCUUCAGCAGCAGAUUCAGCAGGUAAACAUGCCCUACGUGAUGAUUCCGGCUUUCCACCCCAACGCCCAGUCUCUCUCCGUCCCCUCUGAGCCACCCAUGAGCUUGCCGCUACAACCUAUCCCGUGCAAACCAGCCGUGGAAUAUCCCAUGCAGCUUCUACCCACCCCUGUCAAGCGGAGUGGUGGUUCCAUCCGACAGGAAGCCGGUCAGCCCUUGAACCUGACGUCCAAGCCCAAAGGGCUGGAGAUGGGGAAAGCGCCCAGUCCGCAGUGCCUGGAGCUGGGAUCCCUGGCCGUGCAGGGCUCCUACAGACACAGGGAUCGGAUACGGGACGCGUCAGACAGUCCGCCGCGAUCUUCCCUCAGCUUCCACAGAGACGGAGAUGUGGUCACCCAGGCCAUCCAUGAUGCCCAGCAGCUCCUGAGGAGCCACAGCGCCGGCAGCCAGGAGCGGGAACGAGACGGCGAAACGGACAACAGGCAAAUGUCGACAACGGACAACAGGAAAUUGGAGAACAAAUAUCCCUCCUGCGGCGAGAGACGUCUUCCCUCGGAGUCCGCUGAAGACCGACACGCCCUGCUGUCCACCGACGACCAUCUCAGCAGCGACUCCGAGUGCACCCUACCGGUCCAAGGCGGCUACCCCGAGGCCCGGCCCCCGCCGUCGUCCGGCCACAUCAAGAGACCCAUGAAUGCCUUCAUGGUUUGGGCCAAGGACGAGCGCAGGAGGAUCCUGCAGGCCUUCCCCGAUAUGCACAACUCCUCCAUCAGCAAGAUCCUGGGUUCCAGGUGGAAGUCCAUGUCCAACCAGGAGAAGCAGCCUUACUACGAAGAACAGGCCAGGCUGAGCAGGCAGCAUCUUGAACGCUACCCGGACUACAAGUACAAACCUCGGCCCAAGCGUACCUGUAUCGUGGAGGGCCGCAGGCUGAGGGUCGGCGAAUACAAAGCCAUGAUGAAGAGUCGCCGACAGGAGCAGCGAGCGACCUACACGCGGAGUCCAACAGAACCACAGUCCAUCCACUACUCCCACAACGACGCCCUGUACCCGGGCGGCGCGGGCUCUUCGGCGUCGGCGGCGGCCAUGUCCUUCCACUCCUCCUUACUGGAGCAUUACCUGCCGCCAGCCCCGCCCACGUCGCAUCGAGUGGAGGGCCGGGUCACGCCCACGUCUCUACACGGGGUGAGACGGAAGGAAAGCGAGCGAGAACAGGCGCCGUACAGCGAAGGAGAGGAAAGUGACGGAGGGGAAAGAAGUGAGGGAGAACUGGUGCUCCUCACGGAUUGAAAAAUAAAACCGAGGAGAAAAAAAAAAAAAGAGGCGGGGUUUAACUGGCCGGCGAGUGGUCCUCCCCCUCCCCUGCGACCGACCCCCAAGCGAAAGAAAGCCCAUUUACCGUUUCCCACAGUCCCUUGUAAAUGAUAGACAAGCUCUUACCGUACUCAUUUCACGUCAGGAUUUUCAUUUGAAAGCAGGAAAUGUUCAUUUAUCAUCUCAGGAGGUGGAAACUUGUCUAAUAUCUCAUUUGCCUCUGAAUGCUUGGUUGAAUCAAAGGGAAGAACAAACAAGCCAACCUGAACCGAACACGGCCGUCUUAUCAACAUGGCAGUGCUGCCCCCUCCUGGUGGAUUUACGUUAUCACAGCAGCUGACAAACACUUGGGCUAAAUGAAAUACGUUCGUCAGUUGCCUUCACUUUCAGUUUUUCAACAAUAUAUGACUAAGUCUGUUAAAUACGGCUCAAAAAUUAAGCAUUUGUUGCAUAAAAACGACAAAAUGAGGCCAAAUCCGUAUACAAGUUAAGGGUGCACGAGGCCGAUAUGAUGGAAUUAUGACCUAUCGAUGGAGGCGAGAUUUGCAGAUGGAGAAAUCAAGCACUCCUUUUUUCCUCCUUCCUGUGACGUCACAGUCUAUUGUAACUUACCCCAGCCCGCUUUUAAACAACCAUUCGCUUUCCGAGGAGGACUUCAUGUGUUAAUUGUGCUAAAU